UGCAGCUUACAUUUUGUGACAAUUUUUUUUCCCCCUUUGGAUUCAUAUAAAUAUAAUAAAUAAGUUCAUUAUCUCUCCUUGAUUAAAGGUGGGCAGAUAUUGACGGCCUAGAUGAAUACUACUGCAUGAGCUUCUCCCUUUGCCACCAGAUUGCGACCAUAAAUAUUCCACGAAACAAAGACUUUUCGGAAAACUACACAUUCUACCCUCCAAGUCGUCGAGUACUAUACUUCCAGCUAGCUAGCAAUCCAUCAGCAUUCAUGGCUAGGCAUCUUUUUUUUCUUCUUCUCUUCUUCCUCAUUUUCUGCAUCUCAGUCGACUUCUCUGGCGCCGACGUGUCUUCUGUGAACAUUGAUUGUGGAUCAUCCUCUAAAACAUACACCGACGAGAAUUCGAUAGUCUGGUCCGGUGACACCGAUUACAUCAGCAAUGGGGAGUCAAAGGUUGUCCAAACCGGAAACUCAAUCUCCCACGUCAUGGACAGCCUCCGAGUUUUCACUACUAGGAGAAAGAACUGUUACACCAUCCCGACAACUCAAGGGGUUAAAAUCCUCGCGCGGGCGAGUUUUUACUACGGUAAUUACGACCAGAAAUCGUCUCCUCCUUCCUUUGAUCUCCAAUUCGACGGGAAUAAUUGGGUUACGGUGCAAACAUCGACCGAUUCGGAAGUGUAUUACGAGGCGAUUUAUGCAGUCAACGCGGAUUCCACCAGCAUUUGUGUAGCUCAAACCACUCCGGGUCAGUUUCCGUUCAUUUCUGCUCUAGAAAUCCGCGCCUUGGAUCCCUCAAUGUAUUCGUCUAUGGAGGAUGGUCAUGCUUUGUUCUUAACCAGAAGGAUUGCUUUUGGUGCCAAUGAUACCAUCAGGUACUCGGACGAUUCUUAUGACCGAAUAUGGAAGCCGAGUCCCGCUUUGAAUGGACUACUUGCGGUAACAAAUGAGUCUCCCACGAUAAACACCGCCGACGGCGACUACCCACCGGAAGCGGCGUUGGCACACGCCGUGACGACGCCCAACGUGUCGUUUAUGAUUCAACUGCCCACGAAUUUUCCGCCAACGGAGGUUCCGGUUUACAUGAACCUAUAUUUCUCUGAAGUGACGGAACUGGACCCCACGACGGAUACAAGGUCGUUCACUCUAUACAAGGGCCAGGCGUCGUACUCCGACCCCAUUUCGCCGAGCUUCGGCGAAUUCAACGAGAUCGUCGUCAGCAACGAUACGGCAUCGUCGAACACUACGUUUUAUUUGAGGGCGGAUUCCGGCUCCACGCUGCCGCCGUUGAUUAAUGCUAUGGAAGUAUUUCUCGUUAGUGACCCGUUGACCGAUGGAACCAACAGCGAUGAUGUGACCGCCUUAGCUUUGCUGCAAACUAAUUUUGAUGUACUACAAGAGUGGGGAGGUGAUCCAUGUCUUCCAGCUCCUUAUUCAUGGGAAUGGGUUAAUUGCAGCAGUGAUCCCACACCUCGAAUUACUGCACUGUAUUUAAGUAGCUUUGGUUUAUCAGGGAUGCUUCCUGAUCUAAGUUCCAUGGAGAGUCUUCAGACCAUUGAUUUGCACAACAACAGCCUGAACGGACCAAUCCCUGAUACCCUUGGCUCAUUGCGAAACCUUAAACAAUUGAAUUUGGCUAAUAACAAAUUCAGCGGACCAAUUCCAGCCUCCUUAUCAAACAACAAGAACUUGAAUCUAGUGGUAACGGGCAAUCCUGAUUUGUGCACCUCUGGAACAUCCUGCAAAGUCACGCCUUUAACACCUUCAGGGUCCUCAGGGAAUGGUUCUUCUGGCUCUAAGAAGAAAAGCAGCAAACUGCCUAUCAUAUUGGGCAUAACUAUUCCUGUAUUUGUCCUCAUCUGGGCUGUUGUUGGCUUUUUCGCUAUAUUGCAUUACAAGAGGAAAUCAGCUGCAGUUACAUCAGUCAAUAACACUCCAGGACAAAAUGGUGGGGCAAAUGGGGCUAAUAAUGGGGGAGGGAUAGAUGUUGCAGCAAUAGGGAAGGUUGGUUUGGCUGCUUUCAAAGCCUACGCGAGGAAUGAUGACAACAACUCUUCAGACAAUGCUACUUCCAGUACUAAUAAUCAAUCAGCUUAAUAUCUCAACAAAUUGAGGGAUGUUUUUUUCUCUUUUUUUUUUUUCCCAUGAACUAAAUUGCCAUAGUAGCAUAUUGAUUUGUACUAUAUUUUGAUGUAAAAGUCUUAAAGUUGUUUAUGCAAUUGUGUAAAUUGAUGUUUCAGUAGCAAUGUUUGGGAAAUUAAUCAGUUGUGUUGAAUUUUCUCACAAUGUUUUUAAAUGGGA